CGCGUUGUUCCAUUUUUCAAUUUUUCAUUUUUUUUGGCGCGAAAAGUCUGUUUCAAGUGUUCUUUUUGGGUUCUUUUUGGGUUCUUUUGGUUCUUGGCUCCGUCUCUCGCUCUCUCUCGUCUCCCCCACCAGUGCGCUGCUCGCUCGCUUGGGAUCUGCUCUCAUAUCAACAAGCGUUUUGCACUUUCUCUCCUUUUGCACAGGGCGGCACAGGAAGGGCGUUUGUGGGGACUGGCAUUGAAUGGCAGCCUCUUCUGCGCUCGCACACGAUGCACUGCAGUUGAACGCACCUGUCUGUCAAUUCAUGGUCAAGCCCGGCGAUGCGCAGGUCGCACACCAGGAGCAGCAGCUGGACUUGUUGCAAGACCACGACACGCAGCCUGAUGAAGCGUUGGCCUUCAACCCUGCAGCAGUGACCACUCUGGCACUCGACCACCACCACCACCACCACCCCGUGGUUACACAGAAUGAGCUCGGACUGACAAAUCCGCUGCUCGGCGCCCAGCCGCAGUCGAGGGCAAAGUCGCUCGGCCCACUUCGAAGACGCUUUCCUUCGCCGCCAAUUCCCACACAGACCGACACCACAGCAACCGCAACCGCAGGACCAGUCCCACUCGCCGAAAACCCAUCGCCCAGCGCACUGUCAACCACGCUUCCCGCUUCAAGUUUUUCUUGGUUGCUCAAUGCUCCUACCGUCAGUCAGGAUGACGACAACGACACGAGCGCCGCAUUGCGGCCAUCCACACCGCCAAUUCGAAGUUUCCACGUCCCGACGUUGACGAAAUCGCGAGCAUCUCAUCUGUCGAUUCCAGCGUUGCAUCCAGUGUUGCAUCCAGUCCUGCUUCGGGACUCGAGGAUGCGCCUGUCACCUGCCGAUGGUCCUGUGGCGACAUCGAGUUCUUCAUUGCUGCUGCAACACACGGACGAAGCAACUUCUGCUGCUCCAGAAGCUGCGUCUUUUUCUCCCAACCCAAUACCAGGGCUGGUCGACGCCAUGGCGAUUGCACCGAGCUUGCUGCACGAAACGCAGCAAGCAAGCGCUCUCCCAUUGCCGUCCAAGGUUCUUUUCGGCUGCCACCGACUGGGACCCGCAUCGGAGGACGAGCGCGAGCCCCCUUAUCCUUCGAGAUCGACAUUAAAGCAAAAGCUCGAGCGGCGGCGAAAGCGGUCACAGCAACUAACAGCGCUUCGACAACGAGAAGAAACAGAAGCGCGGGGAGCACGGGUACUCAAGCGCCAGUCUUCGUGGGAAUCGCUUCCGCCGCCGUCACCGAGCUCUCCCACGACGGCUGGCCGGACUGACGACUGCGAGACCAAUCGUCCUUCUCUGCGUCGAAGGCUCUCAGACUCGGCCGACGAGGUGGAAAACGCCAUCGACAAUCUCCAACUCCAUUCUUCUUCCGCCGCCAGCGCCCUCUGUCGACCCCGCAAGCGCUUGCGGUGGGCUGAAAAUCUCGAGUCUGUUGUCUUCUUUGAGCGCGACUCUGGCGAUGUGACAGAGGAAGAGCCAGAGGACGAAGCCUUUGAUUGUGACUCGAACGACUCGCCCAGCAGCAGCAGCACUGACAACAACAACAACAACAACAGUCCAGUACAGUUCACUCGGACAGACUCUUUCAACGAUGCCUUGUCUCCAUCCAACACAGCUGAUCUAAUCUCCAGCCCAUGUCCUUUCGCUUUUGGUGUUCGACCUGCGGAAUGAUUUGAUGAUAUUUCAUUGUAUUCUAUUAUUGCUUAGUUAUGCCCCCCCGCCGUUUUCAAUACAUUGUAACAUACUCA